AAUCGAAAUGAUCCAGGCCCAAAUUUCAGACUGUAUAUAUCGUGCGCGCAUUCAGUUUAGCUAGGGUUUUACUCUGCCGCUGCUGCCUCAUCUUCAUAUUUGAAACUAUCAAAGCAUCGAUCUUUCUAGCGUCUUCAAUCUGUAACCAUGGGGAAAACUAGAGGAAUGGGAGCUGGGCGCAAGCUCAAGUCCCACCGUCGAAGACAAAGAUGGGCUGAUAAGUCAUAUAAGAAGUCCCAUCUUGGUAAUGAGUGGAAGAAGCCAUUUGCUGGAUCUUCCCACGCUAAAGGCAUUGUCCUUGAAAAAAUUGGUAUUGAGGCUAAGCAGCCCAAUUCUGCUAUCAGAAAGUGUGCCCGAGUGCAACUCAUUAAGAACGGAAAGAAGAUUGCUGCCUUUGUCCCCAAUGAUGGUUGCUUAAACUACAUAGAAGAAAAUGACGAAGUGCUGAUUGCUGGAUUUGGACGUAAAGGUCACGCUGUUGGUGAUAUUCCUGGUGUUAGGUUCAAGGUUGUCAAGGUUUCUGGGGUUUCCCUUCUGGCUCUUUUCAAGGAGAAGAAGGAGAAACCAAGAUCUUAGUGUUGUUAAAGUUCAUUUUUUACCUGUACUGCAGUCCUUUUGUUUAUUUCCCCAUGUACUUGGAAGGCAUUUUUCCUGUUUAAGUGAAUUUGUAAGACAUCUCUCCCUAGUAAUUGCACUAAAAUUUUGGAUA